GUGGGUCGAGCCGGGCGGUGCGAUCCACGAACUGGCGACUAGAGAAAGCGGACGCCUCCUUUUCUGCCGCCACCAUCGCCGCACCUGAUCGGCUGGGGCUGGUGGAGCAGAAGCCGCCUCCUUUCCUCUGGCUCCAGCAGGUCGCCAGGCUACCCGAAUCGCUUCCCCAUGGCUUCAACUGGCAGUGGCGUGGAGGAGGUUCGCGUCUCGGUGUUGACCCCGCUUAAGCUGGUGGGGCUGGUAUGCAUCUUCCUGGCAUUGUGUCUGGAUCUGGGAGCCGUACUGAGCCCGGCCUGGGUGACGGCCAAUCACCAAUCUUAUCUGUCCCUCUGGGAGUCCUGCAACAAACUCGGCAACCCGGAGACCUGGCGCUGCAAAACUACCUUGAACAGCGAUUGGCAGAUUGCUACUCUUUCUAUGCUGUUGGGUGGUGCCGCCAUAAUUCUUAUAGCUUUUUUGGUUGGACUAAUUUCUAUUUGUGUGGGAUCACGGAGGAGGUUCUACAGGCCUGUUGCUGUCAUGCUUUUUGCAGCAGAUUGUUCAGCUUUUGUUUGGCCAAGAAAUCCCAAGAUUUUCCUUCCAGGCCAACUCUUUCUACUAUUUAAAGUUUGAAGAACAUUCUUUAUCAGCAGGCCAAAAUCUCAGUGGCAACUAAAUGAAGGAGUGCUUCUGCACCUAUUUUUUCAGCCUAGAUGUCAUCCCUUCAAUCUUAAGCAUUACAAGAAAUAAAGCACACAUUGUUACUUGAUAAUAGUAGUAUCUUAUCUCCUCUGGCAUUGCUUGCUUGACAUUUUUAAAACAGAUUGUAAGUUAUUAUAACAGAUACCAUUUCAGGUCUUUGUAGAAACUUAAGGGACUUUAUUGUUCAAGGUACAAUGUCAGUGUUUUUUAGCAUUAGUUUUGGAAAUAAUUCAUAUAAAAACAAAUAGGACUAAACUCAUAUGUGUUUAUAUAUUUAUGCUCCACAGAAAGCCUUACUUCCAUUGCGUCAGCUUUGUCUAUUGUUAUUUAUUUCAAUAGACUUCAUAGUAUAUAAAUCCCUUAUUUUUCAAAGGAAAGGGAUUAUAUGAAGAAAUUAUUUUUAAGGUUCGUAUGAAAACUCAAGGAUGUUCUUUAGUGGAAUAUACUGUAUAACAAAAUCACCAUUUGAUAGGGAUUUGAAUAUCCAUUAAGUUAGCUAAUAAUAGUUUUCCCUUCCUUCUUGCUAAGUUUUCUAGCUGCAGCUUCCUUUCUGUCAAUCAUGUUUUUGCUGGCACUGAAAUAGUAAGCUUGUCUGAUAUACCAUAAUAGAGAGAAUGACAGAACUAUCUAGUCUGCUAGGUGGAUUUUUAAAAAGCAAUUUAAAAGGAGGUAGAAUCCAGAUUCUUAGUAUUUCAAGGAUGAAUAUACCGUAUUUUUCAGACUAUAAGACACACCAGUGUAUAAGAUGCACCAAGAUUUUUUUUUAUUUUAUUUUGUCACAACAGUAUAUAUAAGCAUAAGCAUGAAAGUAAUCAUAUAAUAUAUAACCAUAUAUAUAAGCAUAAGUAUGUAAUAACUAUAUUAAUUGGAUAUAAUGAAAGGAAACAAUAGGACAGGAAUGGUAGGCACGUUUGUGCUCUUAUGCACGCCCCUUACAGACCUCUUAGGAAUGGGGUGAGGUCAAUAAUAGAGGUAAGUAAGAAAAAAAAGGUUUUUGCCCUCCUCAGCCCCCAAGAGCACUCUGCAGGCCUCCCAAACCCUUUGUGUGCUCUGUUUUUUGCAAAAACAGGCCCCUGUUUUUGCAAAAAAUUGGGCGAAAAACAGGCUUGAGUGGCUUCAGGAGGCCAAAAAUGGCUGUAUUCAGUGUAUAAGAUGCACCAUUUCCACCCUCUUUUAGGGAGAAAAAAGUGUGUCUUAUGCUCCAAAAAAUACAGUAAUUAUAAGGAAAAGAAUCCUACUGCUCUCUUCAGUUUCCAUUAUUUUAGUUAGAUCAUUUUAGAAGAAAAGGAAUACAUUAGGGUAUCAUUAUAUUAAAGCUGUACCUUUCCAAUUUUCAAAACUAUUUGCAAGGAUUGCUUUGAUCUUUGUUCCAUUCACUGGGGAAAAAAGGAAAGAAUUGUUUAUUGAAAACGUAUUUUAUUUUAGUUGUUUUACUUAAAAAUUUAUAGUUCUUCAGCUGCUUUCAUUCAGGCCAUUGUAUCUCAUGUGCUUUGAAAAAAGCUUCAGUUAUCUGACAGAACAAGGUGCAUGAGAAGGAUUAUACUAGAGCAGGGGUGUCAAACUGGUGACUCAUGGGCUAGAUGCACAGAUGCACCUAGCAUAGGUUAUGCCUACUCCAGCUCUGCAAAGGCAAAAAAACAUAAUGAAUCAUCGCAAUACAUCACAUGACAUGAUUGCCAAACCUAAAUUUGAUUGGGGUGUGGGAUUGUUUGUAUCCUUAGGUACUCUGACAUGAAUUCAGUUUGACACAGUUUGGAGCUGAAGGGGAGAGCCGAGGAGGAUAGAGCCUUCAGCCAAAACAACAUAGCUAGCUGAUCAAUCAAGUACAUUCCAACAACUGGCUGACCGGAGGAGGAGGAGAGAAGUUGCUAAGCAACCAGCUCUCAUUGUGAUUGGACAAUGUGACAAUUUGUUUUGGAAAAUUGAAAAACUAUUACUUAUAUUGGGGUGGAAAGCACGGGAACUUUCAGUAUUGGCUUUCUACCAGUAGUGCCAAGAUAAUGUAUCUAAAUAAAUUUGUUCUUUGAGGAAAUGCAAUGCCUCGGAGUUCGAUUUGUUUAACAUCCGUCUACUAGAGGAAAAAGUAGACUUCUCUUAAGCAUUUGAUUGAUAACACAAAUAAUUCUAAACAUUCAACAACUAUAAAACUUGUAAUAAACAAUGCUGCAGAAGCUAGAAAAGAAAAUAAACCAUUUACUAUCACAUAUUUGUUAAGAGUAAAAAGAGUGUGUGAGAGAAAUUGAUUCAGUGAUGCCAAGAAUAUAUCAGAACAGAAGUUAGAUUGCUAUUUUCUCUUGUUUUAGAAGUCCUACAGAAAUAAAUGAGACUGCCAUUAACAAUAGAAAUUUGUUAACAAUAAAAAAUGCUUCAGUGCCUUGAGAUAAUUGGAUUUCUGCUAAUAAACAAGAACUGUGUUUUUUUUUCAAAAUGUUUAUUCAAAUGUCUAAAUUUGCAUUUACCAUCAAAGUGUUAAUAAAAACCUAA